AUGGAGAGGAAGAGGAGCCCCCUGCGGAGUGGCAGAGCGGGUGAGUCAGGCUCUGCAGAGCAGCAGCAGCAACAGCAGCAGCCUUUUCGCAAACAGAAAAACAGCCGCCAAGCGCCUGGCAGUGAGGUGGCCGGCAGCCCUCCUCUUCCUCCUGGGUCCCUCGGAGCGCCUCCCCCACUCCAGACCCAGACCCAGACCCAGCCGUGA